AUGACACCGUGGGCGCAGUCACAUGAUCAUUCCAACUCCCCAGCCCCCUCGAAUUCCAAGAACGUGCUGGUGCUCAGCACGGACACUUCCCGAGCCAACUUGUUCAAGGUGACUCUGAUAGUUGCAUUGCGCGACGUUGAACUGACAUCAUGUGAUCAUGUCUCGGAGAUUGCCCAGCAGUACGAAGUUGACAAGAACGCUGCCCAAGCCAAAUUGGAUCGUCUCAGUCGCAAGUUUGCGGAUAUCACCAACGACGAGGACGACAACUCCAGCCAUCAGCCCAAACAUCGCCGAACUCGCCAUGAGUCUCCGCCUGUGGAUCCGGAUGAUGAAAUAGAUGCUACCAAUCGCACCGUCACUGACGAACAUUUUGUCUACCAAGCUGGACACAAAUUCUUCCUUAUCUGCGCUCCAUGGAUUCGAUCAGGAGAGGAUCUCUUCGAUACUGACAUCGACGAGCACUACAAUGCGGCCGAGAGAUUUGAGAAUGACAAGAAGAAGGUGCAGGGUCAAAUCCACGAGAUUCUCGACCUUCUCCAGGAGAAGAUUGAGCAGGAUGCCUUGCGUCAGAGGUGGCUCAGACGACAGUUUAUGAACGGCCUCAAACCACAAAGAUACAAUACUGCCACCCGAAUUCGCCACUGCUGCGCGUUGAUCCUCGGUGCCUCCGAGAUUGAUCUCCUCCAAGCAGACAUCAGGAAGGCCAAGUUUCAUGAGGACAUCGGAUGGGUGAGCGAGACUGGACAGUAUUCAAGUGUCGAUGUUCCGAUCCUUCAUAAGGAUUGGCAUGGUGGGUACUUGCUUUCUUCUGUCUUUCUCAAUCCUAAGCUUAUGGGGGCUCGCUGGGCUCUUUCGAGUGACGACGCUCUUCAGGAGGUGGGCUCGAACACUGGUAUACGUUAUUUCAACGACUUCGAGGAAUACCUAACGAUUCUCGAGACUGGCCUUCAACAAAGGAAGAAGAGCAUUCUCAACAUCAUCAAGCAGUGGGACGAGAAGAUAUUCCAGAACUCUGAAUCAAGUCUUGUAAUGGGGGUCAAGAAUGACGAGAGCUGUGGCUUGAAAAGGGCAAUGGAACUCUUAGCUGCUGAUUCAGAAGAGGAAGAAGACCAGAUGGAAGACCAGGACGGAAAUGGGAAUGCUGGCACCAGCUCGAAAUGCAUUGAUUUCACGUUCUCUUUGGUAUUGUGGUUCAUCAACCUGACACCGAGGGGUAGUACUAAAAUGUUUGACCACAGCGGUAAUUACUGA